AUGCCUGUGGAAAAGUUGUUGGUUGACUCAGUUGCAGGCUAUGAAUAUCUUAGCAUGCUUGAUGGAUAUUCUGGCUAUAACCAGAUUUUCGUUGCUGAAGAGGAUGUUGGAGAUUUUCUGGGCUUUGUGGUCCAUAAAAAGGGGAUAGAAAUCAAUCAGAAUAAGACGAAGGCUAUUAUGAAGACCAAAGCACCAUCAACUAAGAAAGAAUUGCAAUCAUUAUUAGGAAAGAUAAACUUCCUGAGAAGAUUCAUCUCAAACUUAAGUGGUCGAACUCAAGCCUUCUCUCCCCUCCUACGCCUGAAACAAGGGAAGUUCGAAUGGAAUGAUGAACAUCAAAAGGCAUUCAACAAGAUCAAGCAUUAUCUGACGAAUCCUCCUAUCUUGUCACCACAAUGUGGAAAGAAGCCUAUGAGAUUAUAUAGAUCAGCUUCCGACACUACUAUAGAAACUAGAUACACUUCAAUAGAAAAGUUGUGUCUUUGUUUACAUUUCUCUUGUACUAAACUCAAGUAUUACAUAAAACCUAUUGAUUUAUACGUCUCUUCACACUUUGAUGUCAUUAAGUAUAUGUUAUCGAAGCCAAUAAUGCACAGUCGAAUUGGAAAAUGGGCAUUAGCCCUCACUGAAUACUCUUUAGCCUUUAUGCCUUUAAGGGCAAUGAAGGGACAAAUAGUAUCAGACUUUAUUGUAGACCAUGUAGUGGUCGAAAGUCCUCAACUUCAAGUUGAGUUAAAACCUUGGAGAUUAUUCUUCGACGGUUCCACUCAUAAGGAUGGAAGUGGAGUUGGGAUCAUGAUAAUUUCUCCUGAUGGAAUUCCAACAAAACUCAAAUAUAGAAUCAAAGGUCCCCUUUGUUCUAACAACGAAGCAGAAUAUGAAGCCCUUAUUGCAGGACUUAAGGCUUUGAUGGAAUUGGGGGCAACUAGGGUCGAAAUUAAAGGAGACUCAGAAUUAGUAAUUAAGCAACUAACGAAAGAGUACAAAUGUAUAAAAGAAAAUUUGAUUAUGUACUUCAUUGUUGCAAAUAGGUUGCUCAAUUUUUUUGAAUAUAUAGACAUAAAACAUGUUCCUAGAAUAAAAAACCAAGAAGCUAAUGACUUAGCACAAAUAGCUUCAGGGUAUAGAAUUUCAAAAGAGAAGCUAGAGGAACUUGUCGAAGUAAGAGGAAAAGCAAUGGCUGCCAGAUUGUCUCCGACAGAUUUGGAAAGCACUCGGUUAGGAUAUGCUAACAAAGAAGAGUUUGAAGUACUGGCCAUUGAUACCUUAAUGGAUACAAAUUGGAGGAAUCCAAUUAUUAAUUAUCUCAAGGACCCUUCGAUAGAUACAGAAAGAAAAACCAAGUACAGGGUUUUAUCUUAUGUUUUGAUGGGGAAUGAAUUAUUCAGGAAAACCCCUGAAGGGAUCCUGUUGAAAUGUUUAGGAGAAAAUGAGGCGUACUUAGCAUUAUCUAGUGUACAUAGUGGAGCCUGUGGAGCACACCAGGCAGGACAUAAGAUGAAAUGGUUUCUUUUCAGAUAUGGAAUGUAUUGGCCCACCAUGUUAAAAGAUUGUAUAGAGUUUGCUAAGGGUUGCCAAGAAUGUCAAGUACAUGCAGGAAUUCAACAUGCUCCUGCAAAUGAGUCAGAGCCUGAAAAUGAUUCUGAGAGUGAGUCAGAAUCAGAAAGUGAGAUUGAUUAUGAGGAAGAAUCUGAUUCUGAUCCAGGUUAUGAUGGUGAUUCAGAUUCUGGUGGUAGUCCAGAUUCUGAGAAUAUUCUAGAUUCUAAUGGUGAUUCAGUUUGUGGUGGUAGUCCAGAUUUUGAUCGUGGUCAUGCUUCUGAAGUUCGUACUUUUGGAGUUCCAGCAUCCGAUACUGUUCUAGAAUCAGAAGGUUCUGAACAAGUUCAGAGGCCACAAAGAAAUAGAAACAUUCCGAGAAGGUUUGCAGAGUUUGAUAUGUUGCAAGAUACUAAAGUAGAUUCUAAAGGGGAAGUUAUUCAAUGUGCCAUGUUAGUAGACUAA